AGAAUGCCUCAGAGAGAGAAGCCGACAAAGCCAUAUACUUGACUUGCAAGGGAGGUAAAAUACAUCGCCAAUAGAUGUCGAUGACAGUUCACCGGUCAUGAGAGGACAUGUGGAUCUUCGUGGAUGUUCUCAUUCGACUAUGGCCAAAAUGUAUUAUGUCGAUCUGAGAAAAGUUAGCUUUCGCACGUCACGAAUACCGGUUGUGGUCGCUUUACGUCGGAAGAAGAGUCAUUCAUGUGGGAUUAGGUCUGGUUGUUGGAGCGGCCGUGUAGACCCUGCCAACGCGCGGUUUGGUGUACACGUCACGAGGUUGACGAAACCGAGAAACCUGAGAACGAUGCAUCAAGUAAACAGGUCCAAGUCGAGCAAGACUUUGACUCUCGGUCAUCAAUCUCCCUCCUGCCCAGCUUGCUUCAAAUCCCUAGCCUCUUUCGAUUGCUGCUUCUGGGAAGCUAGGCGAUGGAGGAGAAAGAGAAGGGAUCGAUGGUGGCAGGGGAGGCGGUGGUGCGGCGGCUGGCGGAGGCGGUGGAGGAGAUCGCUGCCAUCUCCGAGUACCGGAACGCCUACAGGAAGCCGUUGUGCAGCCUUGCUCGGCGGAUCAGGCUCCUUGCACCCAUGUUCGACGAGCUGGGGGACGGGCGCGACCCGAUCACGGAGCCGGUGGCGAGAACCCUAGCCCCGCUCGAGGACGCGUUUGCUGCCGCCAAGGACCUGCUCCGGCUCGGCAGCGAGGGGAGCAAGAUCUUCUUGGUCCUAGAGAGGGAGAAGAUGAUCAAAAGAUUUCAUGACGUAAUUUCUCAAAUAGAUCAAGCUUUGGAUGGGAUUUCCUUUGAGAAACUUGAAAUAUCAGAAGAAGUUAGAGAACAGAUUGAGUUGGUACAUGCUCAAUUCAAAAGAGCCAAAGAACGAGAUGACAUGCCCGAUGCUGAGCUGUAUUCUAAUCUCUUAUCUCUAUACAACAAGAGCAAUGAUGCCUUUUUAGAUCCAUAUACUUUAGAAAGAUUGGUAGAACAAUUACAGCUAGUCACCAUCUGUGAUCUUACACAAGAAUCAUUAGCUUUGCAUGAGAUGGUCUUUGCAAGUGGUGGAGAUCCUGGGGAAAACAUUGAAAAGAUGUCAAUGUUGUUAAAGAAGAUAAAAGAUUUUGUGCAGACCCAGAACCCUGAGAUGGGCACUCACUCAGAUUCAAAGCCUUUCCUGUUGGAUGGAAAGCCAAAAGUUCCUAUUGUUCCUGAUGAUUUCCGCUGUCCAAUCUCACUGGAGUUGAUGAAAGAUCCAGUCAUUGUGGCCACUGGGCAGACUUAUGAGCGGACAUGCAUCGAAAAGUGGCUGGCGUCUGGCCAUGACACUUGUCCAAAAACUCAACAGAGGCUAUCUAAUGCAUCAUUAACUCCAAACUAUGUCCUUCGGAGCCUCAUAGAACAGUGGUGUGAAGCCAAUGGCAUGGAUCCACCCAAGUGCCCAUCCCGAUCUACUAAUCCCAGCUCAGCUUGCUCGUCACGUGAACUUGCUAAUAUAGAUGCACUUCUCUGCAAGUUAUCCUCUCCAAAUCUUGAUGACCAACUAGCAGCUGCUGGAGAGCUUCGUCUGCUGGCUAAGCGGAAUGUUGACAACCGCAUUUGCAUAGCUAAGGCUGGUGCUAUUCCCCUCCUCAUAAAUCUACUCUCAUCCAAAAAUUUAUGCACCCAGGAGCAUGCCGUCACUGCCCUUCUGAAUCUUUCCAUCCAUGAAGACAAUAAAGCAAUAAUAAUCUCUUCAGGGGCCAUACCUGGUAUCGUCCAUGUUCUAAGAGAUGGUAGCAUGGAAGCACGGGAGAAUGCUGCAGCGACACUCUUUAGUCUUUCAGUGGUGGAUGAAUAUAAGGUGACCGUCGGGGCAUCAGGGGCGAUCCCUGCAUUGGUGUCACUGCUGAGUGAAGGCACACACAGAGGGAAGAAAGAUGCGGCAACAGCACUGUUUAAUCUGUGCAUAUACCAAGUGAACAAGGGGAAGGCAGUGAGGGCAGGUGUGGUUCCACUAGUUAUGGGGCUUCUUACAGAACCUGCAGAGUCUAUGUUGGAUGAAUCUAUGGCAAUAUUGGCCCUACUGUCAAGCCACCCGGAAGGGAAAUCUGCGAUUGCAGCUGCUCAGGCUGUCCCUCUGCUGGUGGAGAUGAUAGCAAAUGGUUCUCCCAGGAACAGAGAGAAUGCCGCAGCUACUCUGCUGAAUCUUAGCGAUGGAGAGCAGCAGCUCGGUACCAUGGCUGCGGCACAGGAAUGUGGGAUAAUGGGACCACUGCAAGAAUUGGCCAUCAGUGGCACAGAACGGGGGAAGAGGAAAGCCGUGCAGUUGCUAGAGCGGAUGAAUGGAUUCUUGGUGCAGCAGCAUGAGGCAUAUGCUCAAGCUGAGGCUUCAACCCAGACUCAGGGUCACAUCCAUGCUCAGAGUGAGCCAAGAAUGAAUGUGACCUCCACGGAUUCUGUUGACACCUAGCUUUUUCUUCAUUGGGAGGUUGUGAUAUGCGUAUCAGAACAUUUUGCCUGCUGAUGCUUUGUGGCUUUUGCAAUUAUGUGUAAACAAAGAGCACGAGUUUUUAACAUUGAGCUGUAAAUGUAUCAUCAAUCACAUGGUUGUAUGUGGAAAAUGACUUCCAUUUGGUUUGUGGACUUGUAAGUUUGCUAAAGUACGAGAACACUGAUAUGUUAAAAAGGAUAGUUGCAGAUUCAAAAGCUUCA